GAGGGACUUAGCCUUUCGGAGCUUGACCAGCAUGUGGAAGGAGAGCUCUCAUGGCUGCAAUAACUUAGGGCGUUUCUACCUGGAUGACACUGGGGCAGGAAGUUUUCUGUUUGUUUUGUUCUGUUUCGGAGGGUCCCGUGCACUUCUCUUGCCUGGAUCAACGUGACUCUUGGUGGUUUUUGCACACCCUGCUCUGUGGGGGAGUGCCCCAACGUGCCUGUCUUAUGUGGCCUCUAUGGACACACUGCUCAGCUGGCAGAGAGCAGGGAAGUUUUCUCCCAGCACCCAAAAAGAGAAAGAGGAAACUACUUUUUCUUUCUGGGCUCCUUGCAGCACAAUAGAUCAGAAUAAGCUUCCACAUUUCCUCUCUGGAGUUUCUGGAGUGGUUUCCAGGAAGAAGUUAAACCUUCACCUUUAAAUGGAUGACCAUGUCACAAUCAGGAAGAAACAUCUCCAAAGACCCAUCUUUAGAUUAAGAUGCUUAGUGAAGCAGCUGGAAAGAGGUGACGUUAACGUCGUUGACUUAAAGAAGAAUAUUGAAUAUGCGGCAUCUGUGCUGGAAGCAGUUUAUAUCGAUGAAACAAGAAGACUUCUGGAUACUGAAGAUGAGCUCAGUGACAUUCAGACUGACUCAGUCCCAUCUGAAGUCCGGGACUGGUUGGCUUCUACCUUUACACGGAAAAUGGGGAUGACAAAAAAGAAACCUGAGGAAAAACCAAAAUUUCGGAGCAUUGUGCAUGCUGUUCAAGCUGGAAUUUUUGUGGAAAGGAUGUACCGAAAAACAUAUCAUAUGGUUGGUUUGGCAUAUCCAGCAGCUGUCAUCGUAACAUUAAAGGAUGUUGAUAAAUGGUCUUUUGAUGUAUUUGCCCUAAAUGAAGCAAGUGGAGAGCAUAGUCUGAAGUUUAUGAUUUAUGAACUGUUUACCAGAUAUGAUCUUAUCAACCGUUUCAAGAUUCCUGUUUCUUGCCUAAUCACCUUUGCAGAAGCUUUAGAAGUUGGUUACAGCAAGUACAAAAAUCCAUAUCACAAUUUGAUUCAUGCAGCUGAUGUCACUCAAACUGUGCAUUACAUAAUGCUUCACACAGGUAUCAUGCACUGGCUCACUGAACUGGAAAUUUUAGCAAUGGUCUUUGCUGCUGCCAUUCAUGAUUAUGAGCAUACAGGGACAACAAACAACUUUCACAUUCAGACAAGGUCAGAUGUUGCCAUUUUGUAUAAUGAUCGCUCUGUCCUUGAGAAUCACCAUGUGAGUGCAGCUUAUCGACUUAUGCAAGAAGAAGAAAUGAAUAUCUUGGUAAAUUUAUCCAAAGAUGACUGGAGGGACCUUCGGAACCUAGUGAUUGAAAUGGUUUUAUCUACAGACAUGUCAGGUCACUUCCAGCAAAUUAAAAAUAUAAGAAGCAAUUUGCAGCAGCCUGAAGGGAUUGACAGAGCCAAAACCAUGUCCCUGAUUCUCCAUGCAGCAGACAUCAGCCACCCAGCCAAAUCCUGGAAGCUGCACUAUCGGUGGACCAUGGCCCUAAUGGAGGAGUUUUUCCUGCAGGGAGAUAAAGAAGCUGAAUUAGGGCUUCCCUUUUCCCCACUUUGUGAUCGGAAGUCAACCAUGGUGGCCCAGUCACAAAUAGGUUUCAUCGAUUUCAUAGUAGAGCCAACAUUUUCUCUUCUGACAGACUCAACAGAGAAAAUUGUUAUUCCUCUUAUAGAGGAAGCCUCAAAAGCCGAAACUACUUCUUCCUAUGUGGCAAGCAGCUCAACCACCAUUGUGGGGUUACACAUUGCUGAUGCACUAAGACGACCAAAUGCAAAAGGUUCCAUGAGCGAUGGGUCCUAUUCCUCAGACUACUCCCUUGCAGCAGUGGACCUGAAGAGCUUCAAGAACAACCUGGUGGACAUCAUUCAGCAGAACAAAGAGAGGUGGAAAGAGUUAGCUGCACAAGGUGAACCUGAUCUUCAUAAGAACUCAGAAGACCUAGUAAAUGCUGAAGAAAAACAUGAGACACAUUCAUAGGCCUGAAACACCUUAAAGACUUCUGUCAUUUUAAACAUGAGAGGACAAUGAAAACAGCAUGAAAACAUCCUGAGUUCUCAACUUUCCACAAAGCUAUAGCUCCUCUUUCAACGUAGAAUUGGAUUGGGCCAUUUUAAUUGACUCCUAUACAAGGAAUUAAGAAGAACAUAAAUUUUGAGCUAGCAACUCUGGUCAAAUAAAUACACUCAAGUUUUUAUCAGAGUUUUUGGCCAGUGCUUGUGCCAUUUUUUUCCCUCCACAAUUUGGCCUUCUUCAAUCAAGCCAGAGGAAUUUUUGAAACAAAAGUCAGACAGUUUUUAAUUUUUCUUGCUUUUACUCUGUCAUAAUGACUGUGCAAUGCAUGUGCAGAAGAUGAGAUAUUUCAAAAUUUACUUCCUUGCACUGUCUUACACAGAGUGCUAUAAGUAUAAAUUUUUCAAGGUCUUAAAUAAAAGGAAGCAAAAACAACAUUAUGGAAAAAAAUUUUUUUGCUGUGCUGGGGAAUAGACUAUUUAGAUUGUCCUUCUUAUUUUAAAUGUAUGGGAAUGGAAUGACAGGCGGGAUGCUGAGGAGCUGGUUGAAGCAUCAGAGCAAUGCUACAAUCCAACAGUGGAGCAUUAGAUCCCCAGCUAGGUGGCCUGAUGAACACUGCGUUUGUAAACUCUCAUACUGGGAAAUGGCAGCGAAACCUUCUUCUGAACCCGUGUACAAGCCUGCGUCCAGCCCCAUGGUUUCAAAGCACGAAUGCAUUACCUCCAUGGGUGUGGUUACAAGUAAGUCACAUGCUAUCUACAGUUCAUGAUAACAAGACCACCAGCCAUUGGUGGAGACAGACACUAGAAUGGAAAAUGAAAUUUGCCAGUGGGAUGUUUAUCCCAUCAGGAUGUAACAAAAUAUUUUACCAGCCAAGAGAUAAGAGACAAGAAUGUGUGUGUGUGUGUGUGUGUGUGUGUGUGUGUGUGUGUGUGUUCAAAAAUGUCUAUGAAAAUGAAAACCCACACUUUUCUGUACAGAUAACAUUAUUUGACGUGACUUUUAUAUUUUACUACACAGAAACAAACUGCAGCCCUCAGAGGCCCUGCUUCCUUGUCAUGUUUUGCCUGAGCAUGUGCAAACCCUUUCCUUUGCUCAAAGCUGAAAAACUACCUUUAUGUGUUGUUAUCUGACAAGAAAAGUCAAGCACAAUUAGAUGUUGUAACUUUUCACUGUACAAGCAUUGCAAUGAUUGUGAGCUUCAGUGAAUUUAUCUUUGUGAAAGGUAAAAAUUGGCUGGAAAGAAUCAAGAGUAGCCAUCAGUUAAAUCAUGUGAAGGAGGAUCCAUCCAUCCUAACGAGUUUUCUGCUGCACCUGCUUCCUUCCUGGGUUCCACUAUGUUAAGCAAUAUUUUAGAAAAGGGUACAAUCGGAAGCUUUUAAGCCUAAGUGGUGAGAUUUUAUAACUCACAACUUAGAUCUCUUUUAAUGUGUAAGCCAUAUUCUAUAUGCAUAGUUAGUAUGCAUCAUUGUAAUUUAAGAUAUAUUUGGAUGUAGGCUGUAUAAAAUGCUUUUAAUUGUUCUGUGAAUAGAUCCUUGGCUUUAGUGUCACCUGAAUCUUGUGCAAAACACAGCUAAAUAAUUGAAUUGUAUCAUAAACAUUACAAUGUAAUUGAUAUUUUAAAUGUAAGCAGUAAGAUUGAUCUAUAAUAAUGUGCUGGGAAAAACAUUUAUAGAUAUGUACAUCAUGGUUACUUUUUGUCCUUUCAAAUGGACUUUUUAUUUCUAUUUAUGGAGAGACUGUAACUACUGCUUUUAAUGUCUUUUUAAAGCAAACUAUUUACCAGCUAGAAAAUAUUGUGCAUUUAAAAUAGAAUCUAUCUGGGGAGUGUAAUUACUGUUGUUCCUAUUUGAGCCAGUUGUCUGUCAGUAAAGCUAUAGAAUCUCUCGAAGAAGUAAAUAGAAAUACUAUUUCUUAAAUGUCAUAGGAGGCAUAUCCACUUUGUUUCUAUCAAUAUUUAAGAUCUAUAAGACCUUAUUACUAAAAAGUAGAGGAAUAUAAAGAAUUCAUCAAUUUCUGUAUAUGGGCUUUAACCUAAUUUCCCAGGUUAUGCGACUUACAAAGCACUGUGACCAAACUUCCAGAGAGAGUGCAAAAAAAAAAAAAAAAAAAAAAAAAAAGUUUUACUCCUUCAGAAGAUUUGUCAUGCUUCUGCUGUACUUAUUUUCCUAAUCUCUCUCUUUCUAUCUGCUACACUCCCUCCUUCUCUUUUUUUUUCUUUUAAGCUUUUAUAUUUCUUCCUUUGUUUUCCUCUCUGUAAGACAGCUACUACUUAGCACUAAUUAGUAGAAGGUCAGAGUGGAGGUUAUCUGUGCCUGUCCUUUCUGCAAACAUUACUGUUGAGCCCAUCUGAAGAGAGGGAUUGAUAGGUUAGGCUGCUGCGCCUUGAAUGUACUGCUUUGCAUUUUUAACCUCAGCUUCCCAACACAUAUAUCUUGGAGUUUAUAUGCCUUUUCAUUUAACCGAAACCUCUUUUAUUUAAUUUUUAACAUGACAACCUACAAUUCUUGUGUUUUUAUUAUGCUGUAUUUUUCUGUAUUUCUUAUUACAUGUGAUUGCUAAAUAAAUCAUGUUUGACGGAAAA